GACGUACACACCCGUUCGUAUUGCUCCGAACUGUCGCGAAGGAGCGUCCCAGCUUGUGUACAUUGUUUUCUUUUUAAAAAAUCAAUCGUUGUUUCAGCCUGCUCAAGGCACCGAAUUGAAGUUUCCCUUCCAAGAUGCGUGAAUACAAACUGGUCGUGCUUGGUUCUGGAGGAGUUGGCAAGAGUGCUCUGACUGUUCAGUUUGUGCAAGGAAUCUUCGUCGAAAAGUAUGAUCCGACGAUCGAAGACUCGUAUCGAAAACAAGUUGAAGUCGACGGGCAGCAGUGUAUGCUGGAAAUAUUGGACACAGCAGGAACGGAACAGUUUACAGCCAUGCGUGAUUUGUACAUGAAGAAUGGUCAAGGCUUUGUUUUAGUGUACUCAAUCACAGCGCAAUCCACAUUUAAUGACCUUGGGGACUUGAGGGAUCAGAUUUUAAGAGUGAAGGACACAGAGGACGUUCCGAUGGUCCUUGUUGGCAACAAGUGUGAUUUGGAAGAUGAAAGAGUCGUUGGGAAAGAUCAAGGACAAAAUUUAGCAAAAGUAUUUAAUAACUGUGCCUUCCUUGAAACAUCUGCAAAAUCAAAGAUCAAUGUGAAUGAAAUAUUUUAUGACUUGGUCAGACAGAUAAACAGAAAAACACCAGAAACCAAAAAGAAGAAGAAGAAGACGGGUUGUAAGCUCUUGUAAUGAUUCCAUUUGAACAUUUUUCAGUAGAAAAACUGGAGAUCUGCUUCAGAUGUUUGUGGCUGAAUGGCUUACGAUUCAGACAGAACAUCUAAAAUUGUUUGUAAAUUAUUUUGUGAACGCUGCUGGCUGCUGGCAGAGGAUAAGAAAGGAGAGAUCAUGCAGUAAACUAGAGUCAUCAUAACAGACUUGUGGUUGUUUUACAGAAAAAUUGUAGGACACCUUGGGAAAUAUUUUAAUACGGUAAAAACAUAAUUUUUUAUGUUGAACGUGUACAGUACUUACUGGAAAAUCUUUGCUUGAGUGAUGUGCAUGCUAGACAGUAGACACAGUCUUAGAGAAUAAGAUUUAGAGAGGAAUGCAAAGGAAGUUGUGUAAGUUGUAAGCUUUUUAUUUACAUUGUUUUGUGUGGUUUUCUGACAUUGUAAUAUUCAUGCGUUUUCGUGCAAUUUAUUUCUUUGAUUUUUCUUGUUUUGGUGAGUAUUGAAAUAAACUUUUUUAAAAUAAUAUA